UGUCAACAUCAGCGUCGAAUAUAUACCAUUUCAUAACACGUCUAUUACGAUUGGAGCAAAACAAUUUAGACAUAUUAAUUCUCACGAUGAGACAGUUUGGAUAUUAAGUCAUGAGAUGAUCAAUUUGGAUAUAAACUUUCACAAGGAAUGUACAAAUGAACAAUUUGGAUCCCACCGCUAGCCAACAAAUUAUAUAACGUGUACACAUGUUUAAAAUGCAGACCCAAAAGAACAACGAGAUUCCUAAUAAUCCACCUUGCAACGAUGAAAUUGUUCGGCUACCAGUUUGGGUAUUUUGGAUACAAAAAAGAAAUUGGAACUUUUACAACUACUGACUUCAAGUAUUAUAAAAGAUAUAUGAGCUUUGAAAACGUAGAAUUCGGCAAAUCUCUUGUUUAUUUGCCAAAAUCUACAGUAGAAAUAUAUAACAAUAAAUCAGCUACGUUUACUACCGGUGACAUUAUAACACUUAGAAUAAUCCUCCAUAAUGAAAAUGGUGACGUUGUAACUGAUGGUGGUGAAUUUAUAAAAAUCUGGAUGUCUGAGAAAGGGAAAGGCGCAGGUUCAGUUGGAUAUGUAGUGGAUCAUGGUAAUGGUACAUAUAUCGGAGUGAUAAAGGCAUUAUGGAGCGGAUCACCGCACAUCACACUUUUAUUGCCAUUUCCAAGAGAAUCUAUUGGAUUAUUUGUAAACCACAUAUACAGGAAUGGAAUGUUGCGGACUUUAAAAGGAGUUUUUAAGAAUGCUCGUGGAGAAACUGGUAAAGGUAUAUGUGGGAUUCACACACUGACAAAAGACGGCAUCUGUGACUUUACAUCAUUAAAUUAUGGAAUGCGAUGGUUUUGUUCAUUACCAGAUACAGCCGGGUUUACUUGUACCGACUGGUAUGCGCCAAUAGGAGAUCCGACUAUAUCGACACUUUCAAAGACACAGAAGCACUUCUUAAGUUCUACCAGUAAUAGAAUCAUAAAGGAAAUUAAAGUUCAUGUUUAUGGUGAUAAAACCAUAUAUCCCCCAAAGUGCUUGUGCAGAGAAAUAAAUCCUUCAGUCACAUGGAACAGUUCGUCCCCAAUGGGAUAUUUUUAUAAUAGAACAUGGCAUAAUCUCUUAUGCCAAAACAAAGUUGAACACAGUAACAAUAUGUAUAUAUCUUGUCUUAAAAACAGGGAGCUUUACAUGGUUGGAGAUUCUACACUGCGACAAUGGCUUAUGUCAAUGGUUGAGAUUUUAAAUCUUAAGCUCUCGGUUGGACGGACUUCAGAUGCUCUAAGAGGUUAUCAUCAACCAAUUAAAGCUCUGAGUAAAAAUAAGAGGCACAAUAUUUGUGUUACGUGGGCUGCGCACGAGUUCCCAUUUUUCACUUAUAAACCUAAUACGACAAUACAUCACUUUAAACCUGCAAGAUAUCACCUAAAGGUCAUACGUUCAAAAAAUCCGAUCGUUGUCCUGCCCUGGUAUGUACAUAUAGGUUUUGCUCCAUUGUCAGUUUAUGAAGAACAUGUAAGGAACGCUAAAGAUGCUAUAAUUCAAUUAUUGAAUCGUGUGCCUAGCGCUAAGAUAUUAAGCGUAACAUUACAUAACAUUAAGAAUUAUGAAGGUGUUCCAUAUGAUUUUGUCAGAUAUUUGCAGGAUAAAUUGUUAUUCCAGAUUUUCAACAAUAUCAAACAUAAAGUUGUGUAUUUAAAUGAAUGGGAUAUCACAGUUGCUUCCGAAAGUAAUAAUAUGCAUCCGGUCAAUGAGUUAUCCCUUAAAAUGGUUCAUGAAUUACUAUCUUAUAUUUGUUAA